AUGCAUAUCAGAUUUGCUACUGGAAACGACAAGUGUGGUGAUGAUUUAAAAAUUAUACACGAAGAACCGAGACAUUCGCAAAGUCAAAGGUCCGUCAAAAGGGCCAAUCAAAAUGUGGAAAAUAUACUUGCCACUUUGUUACAAGACAAUAAAACCAAAAAAUGGAGUGAAGGACUAAAAUUUGUUCAAUUCAUAAAAAAUCGAUCCUUACAUCAUAGAAUAAAAUGCAGCCAAUAUGAAGCAAUGUUUGGAUGUAGUGCUAAAAUUGGAUUAAAGUCAUCGCUACUUCCAAUAUCAAUAAUUAAUAAAUUGAUAACCGAAGAAGAUUUAGAGGCAGCUAUUACGCCAAUGAAUACUUGA